AUGUUCAGACCUCCAAACUCCUCCGACAGCCAAUCCAAACCUCAGAUCAUACGACACCCGCCGCUUACUCUUGUCUCCCCGGAGUUCGUCGCUCAACAUACACCGUGUACACUACACAAUGCUAUACUUCCUCAGGAGCUUGCAUGCCGGUUGUUCUAUACGAUGCUUCACCUCAGCCAAAAUUGGACAAGAAAUAAGUGGUGGCUUUUUGACCGCGUCGUGGAAAGCCCCCACAGAACAGCUUUCUUCGUCAGAGAGAACAUGACCGAGACGAGCGACGGCAGCGACCCGAAAGAAGCCGCUCAGUGGUGGUACAAUGGACGUCAGACAGAAGCUCCCCCAUCGUUCCCGGCCCCGAUGGAAGAAGCGUGCGAGAUCAUCGAGCGCGUUGUGAACGAGGAAAUGCGCAAGCGUAAGCAAUAUCCUCUCGAGUGGGGUGGAUAUCCUGUCAAGGAGGGAGAAGAGCCCCUCCUCUGGCGCGCCAACGUUGCGGCGUCCAAUUGCUACGAAGGGGCGAAGGAGAGCGUCGGGUUCCAUACUGACCAGCUAACAUACCUUGGGCCUUAUCCCACCAUCGCUAGUCUCAGCCUAGGGGUUAAUCGCAUCUUCCGAUUGCGGGAGGUGAUCCCUACAGACGAGAAAGACAAUCGGAGCGCCCGCACGUUCAACAUCCCCUUACGGCACAACUCGCUCAUCAUCAUGCACGCGCCAACGCAAGAAGUGUUCAAGCACUGUGUCCCCGCCCAGAACACCAUCGACAUGUUCCGCCCUCCCUUACCGCCUCCAGCCGACCUGUUGUCCGAAGGAUCCAACGCCCGCAUCAAUAUUACGUUCCGGUUCUAUCGGCCGGAUUUCCGUUCGCAGUUGACCCCGCAUUGCAAAUGCAAUGUUCCCUGCAUUUUGCGACCAGACAUGAAGAAUCGCUAUGAGUCUCCACCCGAAGACGAUGAGAAGACUAGAGGGAAUGCAGACGCCGGCGACGGCGAAGGAUGGGCGAAGCGGAGCUUGGCAGCGAGAUAUUGGUGGACAUGUUACGCGGGCGCGCAGAAUGACGGGCAUGGCUGUGGAUACUGGAAGGUCAUGGACGUCAAAGCGGAGGGACGAGGACCGUUCGUAGGGGACAUAACCACGAUGCCCAUUGGUCAAUGA